AUGAACAUCACCUGGGUGACGUCUCUACCUACGGGCCAAGAAACUGGUACCUAUUUAGCAUUGGAUCUGGGUGGUACGAAUCUUCGUGUUUGCUCAAUUACCCUGAAGGGAGACGGCAGUGGUGUAGAUGUUAUCCAAGAGAGAUAUAACGUAGCUUCGGAGAUCAAAAUCGGCACUUCCGAAGCGCUCUGGUCAUUCAUCGCGGACUCACUACAGCACUUCGUCCAACAGCAUCGCAUUGAAGCGCAGGAAGAUGGCGCCUUACCUCUAGGUUUCACCUUUAGUUAUCCGGCAAUGCAAGACAGAAUAGACCAUGGUGCUCUACAGACCUGGACGAAAGGUUGGGAUAUCGAUGGCGUGGAAGGAAAAGACGUGGUGGCCAUGUUGAGAAAUGCCAUCGAGAAAAGGAAUCUUCCAAUAAAAGUGGUCGCGUUGAUCAACGACACCACUGGGGCCUUGAUCGCGUCAAAGUAUAAGGAUCCAGACACGAUUAUCGGAGCCAUUUUCGGCACAGGUUGCAAUGCCGCAUAUAUUGAGAAGAUUAAGAACAUUCCCAAAAUGAGAUUGUAUGGAGGGGACGGGUCGAGUAAUGGCACAGGCGGAAAUGAUGGGGAUGGCGUGAUGGCGAUCAACUGCGAAUACGGCGCCUUUGACAAUUCACAUACUGUCCUACCUCGCACGAUCUAUGAUGAGAAGAUUGACGAAGAAUCACCACGGCCAGGAGAACAGACGUUCGAGAAGAUGUUUGCUGGGUUGUACCUCGGCGAGAUAUUCCGUCAAGUGAUUGUGGACAUGUGGCGACGAGGCAUCCUUUUCAAGUCCACCUCAGAAGAUACCUAUGCAGCACGCGACACGAAGGGCGAUGAUUGGAAACAGAGGAAGAGCAUUGAAGAACCGUACGUUAUCGACACGGGAAUUCUCUCACAAAUCGAAAACGACGAGUCCAAGGGUCUGACGGAAUCGAGGAAGCUUUUGAUGGAACGGUAUUACCUCCCUGGCGAGUCAGGGUCUGUAUCUAGGCUUCUUUCCCCGACUUCAGAGGAGCUCCUGCUGAUGCGACAUCUCGCGCGACUCAUCGCCAUCCGCGGUGCGAGGCUCUGCGGGUGUGGUGCUGCUGCCAUCUGUCAGAGGCUGGGUGUGAAGAGAGGGCAUGUGGCUGCAGAUGGGUCUGUGGCGAUGAAAAGUCCUCAUUUCCAGAAGCGAUGGGAGAUGGCCGUGGCCGAAAUUCUGGGCCUGGAGAGGGGAAUGAUCAAGUUGACCAGAGCAGAGGAUGGGAGUGGCAUCGGAGCCGCCGUUAUUACUGCCUUGACGAUGUCGAAACAAGGGUAG